CCUAUAAAUACGUACCGACCAAACCCCCGUCCUGGUGCUUCAUUGCCUUGCCGCACCCGUCCCUCUGACUCCCACACCCCCACGCCACGCCACGCCACGCGGCGAGAAGAUGGACAAGCACGCCGCCGCCGACGCCGCCGCCGCCGCAGCAGCAGCAGAGGACGUCGAGACGGGCGAGCACGAGCGCAAAGGGACGGUAUGGACGGCGACGGCGCACAUUGUGACGGCGGUGAUCGGCUCCGGCGUGCUGGCGCUGGCGUGGAGCGUGGCGCAGCUGGGGUGGGUGGCCGGGCCGCUCGCGCUGGUGGGCUUCGCGUGCGUCACCUACUACACCUCCACGCUGCUCGCCAACGCCUACCGCGCGCCCGACCCCGUCACCGGCGCCCGGAACCACACCUACACCGACGCCGUCCGAUCCUACCUCAGUCCCAGAGAGGUGUUCAUGUGCGGGAUCGCCCAGUACGGCAACCUGUGGGGCACCAUGGUCGGCUACACCAUCACCGCCACCAUCAGCAUGGUUGCGAUCAGGAGGUCGGACUGCGUGCACGAGAACGGCCAGGGCGCGCGCUGCGACGCGCCGGGCACCGUGCUCAUGCUCGCCUUCACCGUGGUCCAGGUGGUGCUGUCCCAGUUCCCCGGCCUGGAGCACAUCACGUGGCUGUCGGUCGUCGCGGCGGUCAUGUCGUUCGCCUACUCCUUCAUCGGGCUCGCGCUCUCGGUGACGGAGUGGGCGUCGCACGGCCUCCGGCCCGACGGGAGGAUCGCAGGCGCCACCGCGGCGUCGUCCAGCAAGAAGACGUGGGACGUGCUCCUUGCCCUUGGGAACAUUGCCUUUGCCUACACUUUCGCAGAAGUGCUCAUUGAGAUCCAGGAUACACUGAAGUCCCCACCAUCUGAGCACAAGACCAUGAAGAAGGCAGCAAUGUAUGGAAUCGGAGCCACCACCAUAUUCUACAUCUCCGUUGGCUGCGCCGGAUAUGCCGCAUUUGGUUCAGAUGCUCCCGGCAACAUCCUUACGGCCCCCGGAUUAGGGCCAUUCUGGCUCGUCGACAUCGCCAACAUGUGCCUCAUCCUCCACCUUAUUGGGGCAUAUCAGGUCUAUGCACAGCCCAUAUUCGCUACAGCAGAGAGGUGGAUUGUCUCCAGGUGGCCAGACACCAAGUUCAUCAGCAGCGCAUACACCGUCAGCAUCCCGCUCAUGCAGCGAGGCUCGGUGACCGUCGCGCCCUACAAGCUCGUCCUACGGACGGUCAUAGUUAUUGCAACAACUGUGGUGGCAAUGAUGAUACCGUUCUUCAACGCGGUGCUAGGGCUCCUCGGCGCGUUCAGCUUCUGGCCGCUAACCGUGUACUUCCCCAUAAGCAUGCACAUUGCCCAGGGGAAGAUCACCAAGGGGACCAAGUGGUAUCUCCUGCAAGGUUUGAGCAUGGUCUGCCUGAUGAUCUCAGUGGCAGUGGGGAUAGGCUCUGUGAGCGACAUCGUGGAUAGCCUGAAGGUCUCCACCCCUUUCAAAACUGUCAGCUAGAGGAUGUACAAGACUUGUAGAAUAGCGGUUGAAUCUGUAGGCUGAGUCUCUGUACUGUAUCGUAUCAUUUUUCUCUGAUGUCCACGUAUCGGGAUGUGAUAUCCGAUCAGUUCCGCAAAGAUUUGGAGCUAACAGCUUAGCUGGAUCGGUUGUAAUGACCCAUUGGCUUGUUUCUACUACCUCUAAAUAAACUUGCAAGAAUGACUAACAUGUGAAA